UGUCAUCGAAUUCAGUGCUUAUGCAUUUCGUAGUUGGUGUCAUCGAGUUUGGUGAUUGUUAUUUUGUUGCUGGUGUAUCGAAUUCAGUAGUGGCUCUUAUUUCAUCGUUGUGGUUAUUAUUUCGUUCUGGUGUUGUCGAGUUUGGUGGUUAUGAUUUCGUCGCUAGUGUCGUUAAAUUCGGUGGUUAUUAUUUUGUCGCUGGUGUCUUUGGUGGUUAUUAUUUUGUUGCUAGUGUCGUCGAAUUCGGUAGUGGCUCUUAUUUCGUCGCUGGUGUUGUCGAAUUCAGUGGUUAUUAUUUUGUCACUGGUGUCGUCGAAUUCGGUGGUUAUUAUUUCGUCACUGGUGUCGUCGAAUUUGGUGGUUAUUAUUUGUCGCUGGUGUCGUCGAAUUCAGUAGUGGCUCUUAUUUCAUCAUUGGUGUCGUCGAAUUCAGUGCUUAUGCAUUUCGUCAUUGGUUUCAUCGAGUUUGGUGGUUGUUAUUUCGUCGCUGGUGAUGUCGAAUUCAGUAGUGUAUUUUAUUUCAUCGUUGGUGUCAUCGAAUUCAGUGUUGUCGAAUUCGGUGGUUAUUAUGUCAUCGCUGGUGUUGUUGAGUUUGGUGGUUAUUAUUUCGUCACUGGUGUUGUCGAAUUCAGUGGUUAUUAUUUCGUCGCUGGUGUCAUCGAGUUUGGUGGUUAUGAUUUCAUCACUGUGUUUUUGAAUUCAGUGAUUGGUGGUUAUUAUUUCAUCACUGGUGUCAUUGAAUUCAGUGGUGGGUCUUAUUUCGUCGCUGGCGUUGUCGAAUUCGGUAGUUAUUAUGUUGUCGCUGGUGUUGUUGAGUUUGGAGGUUAUUAUUUCGUCACUGGUGUUGUCGAAUUCAGUGGUUAUUAUUUCGUCGCUAGUGUCAUUGAGUUUGGUGGUUAUGAUUUCAUCGCUGUGUCAUUGAAUUCGGUGUUUGGUGGUUAUUAUUUCGUCGCUGGUGUCGUUGAAUUCGGUGGUGGCUCUUAUUUUGUCGCUAGUGUUGUCAAAUUCGGUGGUUAUUAUUUCGUUGCUAGUGUUGUCGAAUUCAUAUUUCAUCGCUGGUGUUGUCAAAUUCGAUGGUGGCUCUUAUUUGUUGCUGGUGUCAUCGAAUUUAGUGGUGGUUAUUAUUUCAUCAUUGAUGUCAUCGAAUUCGGUAGUUAUUAUUUCGUUGCUGGUGUCAUCAAAUUAGGUGGUUAUUAUUUCAUUGCUGGUGUCGUCGAAUUAGAUGGUUAUUAUUUCGUCACUGGUGUCAUCGAAUUAGUGCUUAUGCAUUUCGUCAUUGGUGUCAUUGAGUUUGGUGGUUGUUAUUUCGUCGCCGGUGUCAUCGAAUUCGGUGGUGGCUCUUAUUUCAUCGUUGGUGUCAUCGAAUUCAGUGCUUAUGCAUUUUAUCGUUGUGGUUAUUAUUUCGUUGCUGAUGUUUUUGAGUUUGGUGGUUAUUAUUUCGUCAUUGGUGUCGUCGAAUUCGGUGGUUAUUAUGUCAUCGCUGGUGUCAUCGAGUUUGGUGGUUAUUAUUUCAUCGCUGGUGUCAUCGAAUUCAGUGGUUAUUAUUUCGUCGCUGGUGUUGUUGAGUUUGGUGGUUAUGAUUUCGUCGCUGGUGUCAUUGAAUUCGGUGGUUAUUAUUUUGUCGCUGGUUUUGGUGGUUAUUAUUUUAUCACUAGUGUCGUCGAAUUCGGUAGUGGCUCUUAUUUCGUCACUGGUGUUGUUGAAUUCGGUGGUUAUUAUUUCAUCGCUGGUGUUGUUGAAUUUGGUGGUUAUUAUUUCGUCGCUGGUGUUGUCGAAUUUGUUGGUUAUUAUUUUAUUACUAGUGUUGUCGAAUUCAGUGGUUAUUAUUUCGUUGCUGGUGUUGUUGAAUUCAGUAGUUAUUAUUUUGUCGCUGGUGUUGUCGAAUUCGGUAGUUAUUAUUUCGUCGCUGGUGUCGUCGAAUUCGGUAGUGGCUCUUAUUUUGUUGUUGGUGUCAUCGAAUUCAGUGCUUAUGCAUUUCGUCAUUGGUGUCGUCGAGUUUGGUGGUUGUUAUUUCAUCGCUGGUUUUGGUGGUUGUUAUUUCGUGCUGGUGUUGUCGAAUUCGGUGGUUAUAUUUUGUCGUUGGUGUUGUCGAAUUCGGUGGUUAUUAUUUCAUCACUGGUGUCAUCGAGUUUGGUGGUUAUUAUUUCGUCAUUGUGGUUAUUAUUUCGUCGCUGUUGUCGUGAGUUUGGUGGUUAUGAUUUUGUCGCUGGUGUCAUUGAAUUCGUUUGGUGGUUAUUAUUUCGUCACUGGUGUUGUGAAUUUGGUGGUGGCUCUUAUUUCGUCACUGGUGUUGUCAAAUUCGGUGGUUAUUAUUUCGUUGCUUGUGUUGUUGAAUUCAGUGCUUAUUAUUUUAUCACUAGUGUCAUCGAAUUCGGUAGUUAUUAUUUCGUCACUGGUGUCGUCAAGUUCAGUGGUGGCUCUUAUUUCGUCAUUGGUGUUGUUGAAUUCAGUAGUUAUUAUUUCAUCACUGGUAUCUUCAAAUUAGGUGGCUAUUAUUUCAUCGCUGGUGUCGUCGAAUUAGAUGGUUAUUAUUUCGUUGCUGGUGUCGUCGAAUUAGGUAGUUAUUAUUUCGUCAUUGGUGUUAUCGAAUUAGGUGGUUAUAAUUUCAUCGCUGGUGAUGUCGAGUUUGGUGAUUAUUAUUUCAUUGCUGGUGUCAUUAAAUUCGGUG